AGAUAAUGCAGAGGAUGGAGGAGGAGGUAGAAUGCAUGAAGAAGGCGAUGCAGCGCGCACACCAAGCAGCAAUUCAGCAUACCCAAACAUCAUGGGGACAGGUGCUCGGGCAAUCAGCGCAAACAACAGCUUGCCCAGUGGUGGAACAAGUGCACAUAGUGCUGGAACAAAUGCAAGCACAGGAGCUGGGAGCCUUGGAGAGCAGACAAUAAGCGAACCAGCAACUCCAGAAUCUACUGGGAUCGAUGCUGAUAUGGAAGGCAGCAACAUGGAGGCAUAUUCCACACCUAAGCCACCUUUACAAGGAACAAAAUUUGACACCCUGGAGAGCGCACGUGACCACUACAGCACCUACGCGCAGGACUGGCUUUGCAAUUAGGCAGCAAUUUAAGAAAGAGAGGGUUGAUGGAACUAUAAGCAGGGUGCUACUAGUUUGUACAAAAUAUGGCAAACGACGCAAGGAUAGGGAUGAGCUGCAAGAUGUGGAAAACCCAGCCAGCAUUGUCAAGAAGAGGAAAAAAAGAAAUUUGUUAGGACUGAAUGUGAAGCGCACAUGUACCUAUCCCACGAUGAUGCAUGGUGGACUGUUGACCGUUUCGAGGACACCCACAAUCACCCCCUGAUCAAAAAGUCGUCCCUAACAAAAUUCUUAUCAUCACAUCGGUACAUUCCGAAGGAGGAGCAGGACUUCUUGAGGGUUCUGCACGGAUGCAACGUUGAGACUGCGAGGCAGAUGCAGCUGAUGUCAUGGUUCUACGGGAGCGCUAAAGACGUACCCUAGACGACACAAGACAUUGCUAAUCAACGAGCUAAGUUCCGCUUAGAGCACCGCCACAAGGACGUUGGGAGCACAAUUGCAUACUUCCAAGAGAUGAGGGCCAAAGAUUCAUAUUUCUACUGGAGAAUCAAACUUGAUGAUGAGGACAAGGUUGAGAACUUGUUCUGGAUAGAUGGCGCAUCACGCAGGGCAUAUGCAAAGUAUAAUGACUGUUUGUCGUUUGACACGACAUACAUGACAAACAUGUACAAGAUGCCGUGUGCACCAUUCAUUGGAAUUAAUAACCAUGGUCAAUCCAUCCAGUUCGGGUGUGGCUUCGUUCGAACGAACUAAAGGAAAACUUUGUGUGGCUGUUUAACACAUUCCUCCAUGCAAUGGGUGGUGUUGCCCCUAAAAACAUCAUCACAGACCAGGACUUUGCAAUGAGGAGUGCGAUCGACGAGGUCUUCUUGAA